AUGGCUGAUUAUCAUUUCGGUAUCGAGAUUGAAGUCAUUGUCGGACCUCACAAGGUUCGGUCACCACUUAGCACUAAGCAUGCUUUGUACUAUGGCAAGCUGGCUGCAUCCCUCCGAAAACGAGGCCUAAAGGCCAAGGCGGACGAUUUACAACAAGGCUACACUAAGCGACCGGAACACUACGACAAAUGGUGGAUCACCAAGGACGGAUCCCUUGGGUCCCAUACCGACAAGAUUCCAAUGGAGGCUGUUUCCCCGGUCCUCAGCUUGAGGGCAAAUUGGGAACAUGAAAUUGAUGUCUUCUGGACCGCAAUGCGUGUUGUUUUCCACAUGCCCGAUCGAUCGCUUCUCUGCGGGAGUCACAUCCACGUAUCCAAGGGCCUCAACCAGACCUUCAGUCUUCCUCAAGUCAAGAAGAUCGCGUUUGGCGUCGUCUACUAUGAGAAUCUCAUUUUACAGCUUCUCAUGCGAGAACGAGCCAACAACCGAUACUGCAAGCAGAAUACUCUGAACUCAACACCGCUUAUGCGCUGCAACGGCAACUAUAACGCUAUAGCGGAGCUCAUCAAAAGUGCAAAGAGCACGACGGCUUUAAAGAAUAUUAUGCAGAACGAUAGGUACGUUCUGUGGAAUUUCGACAACAUCGUCCCCGGGAGCUCCGGAACAAUUGAGUUCAGAGGUGGGAGGUGCCUCAGGGGAGAGAUCAGAACGAAGCGAUGGAUUGCCUUCACGAUUGCUCUGAUCCAAGCUCUACUAAACAUGAAUAACAUCGCGAAUCCCAAUGUUUCGACUCUAGAAUCAUGGACACCAGAGGGUCUUUACACUAUGAUCAAGAAAGCUGCCAGUCAGCUCUCUUUGAGAAAUUCUUUGCCAGAAGACUGGAAGGUUCUGAAUGAGUCACAGAGAUGA